CUCAGACCUUUGGAAACAUCAGAGGCUAUAAUGGACCGCCUACCUGUGUCAGAUCUUCUCACACUCAGUAGAUCAUGUAAACAAACACGAAUUGACGUCACAAACUACAAGGAACGAGUUUUUAGUAUCCAACAUGCCUAUCGGAACUUUUUCAACACUGAAGAAAUUGCACAAUUUCAAAAACUGCAGAAUGCGACCGGGUUAUUAGUCUCUGGCUCAAUUGUUCUCCAAUUUUUCAAUCGAGAAACUUACAAUGGAGACCUCGAUGCAUUCUGUAACAUUCGUUACUGUGCAAUUGCUGGAGAAUGGCUAAUUUCUCACGGCUACUCAUUCCAAUCCAAAGAAGGUCAACCUCUUGAUUUCAAUGACUCCUUCUCUCAAAUAUCCAACAACAAUCAAACACAAGAUUACAACUUUAACACAGUUGCUGGAGUUUGGAAUUUCAUGCGAAACACGUCCAAAAUCCAACUUAUUGCUACAUGUGGUGCACCUUUAGAAUGUAUCUUCACCUUCCACUCAACCUGCGUAAUGAAUGUGUUCACACAUCGGGCAGCAUAUUGCUUGUUUUCCAAGCUUACUCUAGAAGACAAAGUGACAAUGCUGAUCGACCUACAAGCCCCAUUAACGGAACGACAGAUGUAUCCGAUACGGAAAUACGAAGAUCGUGGAUUUAGCAUCAUGCAU